AUGGAUAAAUAUCUAAUAAUUUCGAAGAAGGCAAGUUCAAGUAAACGAACAAUUCAAGAAGUAGAUGAUGACACUGCACAUGACGUUGGUUCCAAUCAAAAUAUAGAAACACCAGAACAUACAUCACUUGAAACCUUACAAAAAUCAUAUUUGUUUAAUGGACAGUUCUUUACUAUUAUACAUUGCGACGGACUUAAGUUAAUAGCACAAUGCAAAAACUGUUCAAAAGUAAUUCAUGGUCAAAAAAUGUCAACUGGAAAUUUCCUAAGCCACUUAAAACAUAAACAUAAAGUAUUAUUACAUCAAGUAGAAGAGGCUCGAAGCAAUGCUAAACUUUCAAAUAAAACAAAUGUAUUUACCCGACCAACCAAAAAACUUACAAAACAACAGAUAAAUAAAGUAGUGUUUGAUUAUAUCAUUGAUGAAAUGAAGCCUCUGGUUACAUGCGAAAAACCUUCUUUUCAAAAGCUAAUCAUGGAAUUGUCUGGAAUUACUGAUACUGCUUUAUUACCAAAUAGAAAACAGUUAGCAAGUGAUUUAAAAGAAAGAUAUACAACAUACAAAAUUACACUUUCAGAAUUAGUAAAAAAACACUUAUAUAUUUGUAUCACUGCCGACAUCUGGACUGCCAAUAAUAAAAGUUUCAUGGGUAUGACAUGUCAUUUUAUUGAUAAUGAAUCUUAUGCAAGUCGUCACUCCUAUGUUCUUGGAUGUAGGAGAAUGAAAGGUACACAUGGUUUCUUAAAUAUUGCUAAAGUUAUUACAGAAAUAAUGGAAACAUACAAUUUAAAUAAUUCUAAAAUCACACAUAUAGUAACAGAUAAUGCUACCAACUUUGGAAAAUGUUUUCGUAUUUUUUCAAAUGUAUUAGAACAGUCAAAUGAAUAUGAUGUUGGAAAUUUUAAUAUUGAUGAUUCAGAUACUGAGUGUGCAAUCGAUUAUGAUCACGACUCUGAAAGUGAUAAUGAAAACAAUUAUCCUGAUAUUGAAAGAAUUAAUGUUGGUUCAGUGUUAACCAACUAUUACAAAACUAAUGAACAUAAAAACUAUAAUCAUUUUUGUUUACCACAACACAUGACUUGUAUAGCACAUUCUUUAAAUUUGAUAGCCACCACAGAUAUUUCCAAAAUUUCUGAUGAAAAUUAUAAUCGAUUAUCUAAAACUACUUUUAACAAGGUACAAGCUUUUUGGAAUCUGGUUAGUAGAAGUUCAGUAGCUUCAGAUAAAGUUUAUGAAUAUUGCAGCUGUAAGUUUCCAAUUCCAGUUAUUACUAGAUGGAACUCUAAAUAUGAUGCUACUCAAAAAGUAUUAUUACAUAAAAAGAAAUUGGAUAUCAUAUUUGAUGUAUUGAAGUUAAAUAAACUCAAACCUAAUGAGUGGUUAUUUUUGGAAGAAUACUGCCUUUUGUUGAAACCAUUAUCAAAUUCGUUGGACAAGUUACAAGGAGAAAAAAAUAGUUAUCUUGGUUAUGUUGCUCCUACGUUAAUAGUCUUGAGAAAAUUGUUAAUUCAGUCAAGUAAUGUAAAAUACUGCAAACCAUUAGCUUCAGCAUUAAUUAGUUCUCUAGAAAAAAGAUUCAACUACAUUUAUGAUUUAAGUAAUGCAAAAAGCAAGAAUUUUAUUGUUGCCUCAAUAAGUCAUCCGAAGUUUAAAAUGAGUUGGGUCCCAGUACGAUAUAUAAGCUUAUGUAAAGAAUUAUUUUUAAAUGAAUGCAAUAUAUUUAAAGAUGAAAAUUCUAUAUCUGAGUCUGCAUCUGAUAAUGCAGACAGUGAUACUAGUGAUGAAUUCUAUAGUAAUUUAACUGGACAUUUAACCACAUCUUUUCAUCCGCCUGCGCAAGAUAGUGAUUCAGCUGAAAUUGAUACAAGUGUUUCAAAUACAGCUGGUGUUGAAGCAUUAACAUAUCUUAACUCAAAAAAAAAAGAACUUAUGUCACUUAAUGAUGUUCCAAUUGUCAAACAAGUAUUUCUUAAGUAUAACACAACCUUACCAUCGUCAGCUCCGGUUGAAAGACUGUUUAGUAAGGCCAUACAGGUGUUAACUCCUAGACGUAAUCGUCUUAGUGAUGAUGUUUUUGAAAUGCUUUUAUGUUGUAAGUCUACUGAAUGAUUUUUUUUCUUCAAAUAAGUAGAGGAAACUUAUUAAAUUAUGUUAAAUUAUGUUAAAUUAAUAAAUAAAUUGCAGUAAUAGUAACAUGUAACAAUGUUAACCUAUGUUAAA